AUGGAUAAUACUUAGACAGCUUAGCAAAAGAAGAAUCAAAAGAAAAAGGAUAAAAAGAAAGCAAAGAAGAGUACAGUUUAAAAUGAGAAUGAGGGUGCCUAAUAAGAAACUUAAGAGGUUGAGAAUGCUGACCAAUAAUAGGAUUUAAUUUAAUUAGAUGAAAAUAUUUAGCAAGAUAGGCCUGAAAACUAUUAAAGUAACUAUGAGGAGGCAUAAGUUAAUCAACAAAACUAAUAGCUGCUCGAUCUUGAAUCUACAGAGGUAUAAUAAGUUUAAGUGCAAUAUCAUGACUAACAAUAAGAGUAGGUAUCUCCAUAUAAUCCAUUCGAAGAUGAAGUUACAAAUGAAACAGCUUUACAGCAACCCAUAAAUGAAUAUGUGUAGCCAGUGAGUUAAGAGUAGAGCUAGAAUUUACUAGAGUGGGAAAAUGUGGAUAGAGCAAAUUAAAGCAAUUCAUAGAUUGAUCAAUCGCAAAAAGACGAGCAUAGUGAUAUUUAAAUUGUUAAUAAAUCACCAACUUUUUAAGAUUAUCCUGGAAGAAAUGAAACUAAUAAAACUCCUCCUCCUUAAUAAUAGAUUUAUAAACAAAAUACAUAUGUGAGUGAAGAUGCUAGUAUGUCAAUGAUAAGUUUCAAUUCUAAGCUUUAUGACAAUCUUGAUUCAAUAUCUUAAAUUGGCAAUGAUAACCAAGGUGUAAAUAAUGAAGGUGGAGCUGAUUACUACUCAAUGGAUUUAGGAUCUUUAAGCGCUGAACUUAAAACAAAAGAUUAAAAAAUAAAAGACUUAGUAGGUGAUAAAACUAAACUUAAGAAUCUUUUGAAGAAAGCUAAGGUAGCAAUUGAUUCAAUUAAUGCAAAGUACAAAUCUCAGAUAGAGAUAGCAAAAGAUGCUGAUUAAAAACUCAAAGAAACUUAAGAAAGAAACAAAGAUCUGCUUCAGACUUUAGAGAUAUUCUAAUAAAGGAGAAAUGGCAUAAAAACUGAGAAUGUUAAGCAAAUUGUUGCCAGAAUAAAAAUAAAUGAUAUUGGUUAUAGCUUGAUUGAAACAAAAGAUUUUGAAACAGAAUGGUUUAAGGAUAAUUAGGUUCUUAACAUUUAGGAAGAGCUGCAAUCCCUGUUUUCAGGAACAAGAUAAGUGAAUUAUAAUACAAUUUUUGCAGAAUAAUUUAAGCUUGAGUAAUAAAUGACAAACUGCAUUUAGCAAUAUGAAGAGAGAUUGAAUAGAGUUAAUGAAUAUAUGGAGCAAAGUAACUAAAGCUAUCUUAAAAUCUAAGAAGAAUUAAAAUCUCAAAGAGCCAGAUAAGAGAAUGAACAAAUUUAAAGAGAAAAGAUAUUAGCAAAAAUUUUACACAAGAGUGGAGACAUUAAGAGCUAGAUCACAGCUAUUGAUGAAAAAAAGCAUCCAAUGAUGAUGAAUAGUGGAUAAAGCAACAAGAAAAGUAAUAUUUUUGCUUAGUCCUAGCUAAGCGAGAUGAUGAAUGAUCUUGAAUUAUCUAUAACUAGACUGAUGGAGAUUAAGGAGGACCAAUCUUCAGAAUUAAUAUCUUUGAGAGAUCAUUUUAUUGAAGUUUAUUAAAAGGUUGGAGUGACUUUACUUAAAAGAUAGCUAAUUUAUGAUGAAAAACUUAUAAGACAGGAGUAGGAAUGGAGAGCUACUUGUGAUAAACUUAUUGAAGAUCAUCAACUUAUGAAAUAAGACAUUAUCAUUCAAGUGAUGAAAUUCAAUGAGGAAGAGUAAGACAAAAUUUUAACUUUCUUCUAUGAUAACAAUAGAUCUGCUAUCGGAAAGCAAUCUUUUUUCGACAUUAUGCUGGACUUGCUUAAGGAAAAGACAACAGGUAUUUAUCAAUUUUAUCAAGCUUUUAGGUUAAAUUUCAGCAUGUGUCCUAAUGUUUAUAAUGUUCCUCUAAAAUUCAAGUUUGUCUUAAAAUUUUUCUAGUUAUUCACUUGGAAAGAUGAGAUAUUUCUAGAUAUUUUUCAACAACUAUGCGAAUAUGCAAGAAUAAUAGGGGCUAUAAACAAAUCAGGAAGUUCACUAUACUUUUUGAUUUUCUACUACUUUGCUUUAUUUUACAUUGUGGUUAUUAUUGGGCUUUUGGCAUAUUUGCACUUUGCAUUAUUAAGACCGGAAUACUAUCUUGAAACGAUUAUAAAAGCUUUGAGAUCGCUAUUGAUUUUGUUUUAUUGGGUAUUUUUCAUGCCAUUUUUCGAGUUAUUCAUAUCAGUAUUUCAUUGUGAUGGAGGCUAGCAUUACAUUAUGCAAGAUAUUGGCUGCUUCUCCUCAAACCAUAUUAUCUUUUGCGUAUUUGCCUCAUUCGGAUUACUAUUUUUACUUGUAAUAAACAUAAUAAUUGCGCUUUUGUAUAAUGAAACCUAACCUGUAAAAGAAGAUAGUCUUUCAAGAUUUGUAUCGAUAUUCUUUGGCUCUAUGAUAAAUAUCUAUGCUUGGAUAUCUCUAAACUGUCUACUAACAAUGUUUGAGCUUGUCAAAGGGCACCUUAUUAUUAUCUUCGCUACAACUCCAUUAGUUAUAUAUUUUGUAGCUUUUGUAAGAGAUAGAAGAAUCGAGAUAUUAAUGAACCAAAGUCUUGAUAAGAUUAAUACUGAUAUUGAUGCGAUGAUACAAAUCAAUACUAUCAAAGAUCUCAGCAUCAGUAAGAUCGGAAAUAAGACAGUUGGAGAUAGUGUUGAUAAAGAAAUGUAAGUUAAAGGAGUAAUUAAUGUCCAUCUAGAAGAGUGCAAAAACGAAUUUUGCAUCUGCAAAAAUCUUGACGAAUUAUAUGAUGUUAGUUAACAAAGCUUUCUUACUCCUUCUUAAGAUCUUCACAAUGAGACAAUUUUUGUUAAUCAUUACAACAAAAAGAUGUUUGAAGAUGCUCUAAACAAAUUUAUUAACUCUCCAAGUCUUCAUAUUUCCUUUUCAUUCUAUUUAUUCCAAGUUAUGAAGAACAUUCAUGCUGCUCUGCAUGAAUUAAAUAUUGCUUCUAAGAAAAAACCCUCAAUUUAGCAAUAGUUCACCAUUUUUCGAUAUAAAAUGAUGAUUGAGUAAUAUGUCAAAGUUGAAGAAAUCAAGAAUAAGUAUAUCUAUCAACAGCUGACCAAUGUUAAAGAGUUCGAAAAGCUUCAUUAGGACAUGUAAAAAUCAAUUGAAGCUGUAUGUAAUUAUUAAGUUGAAUUUUGGACUCAUCUUACCACAGUAGUACCUGAUUUGAAUAUUUUAAACGAGCUUGGCAAUAAAAUCUAUAACUCUUCUACUAUGGCAGAUAACUAUUGGAAAUAGUUGUGCAUGAUUAAUUCGAGUUAUCCUCCAGCUUUGCAACUCUAUGGAGAAUAUUUAUCCUUCAUAAAAAAUCAUCCCUAAAUUGGAAAACCUUUCAUAGAAAGAGCAUAAAUGACAAAUGUUGCUCAUAAUUCAAUGGAUGAAAACAUUAAAAGAUCAGAUGUCUUAUUUUCUGAGGAUUCUACAGUGGUUCAUAUUUCUGGAAACAAAGAAUCUAGUGGUAGAAUACUAAAGGUUUCUCAAGGGCUAAUGAAGUGCUUUGGAUACAAUAAGACUGAGGUAAUAGGCCACAAUAUCAGUUUUAUGAUGCCUGGUUUAGUUGGAAUCCGACAUAAUGACUUCUUAGAUAAAUUUUAUAAAACUGGCAGAUAAAGAGUUUUCAAUGUUGAGAGGCCAAUAUUUGCUGUAAAUAGAUAGGGGCAUUGUUUUAGAUCCAAAGUUUUAGUCAAAUAACUUCCAAGCUUGAAAGAGGGUGUCUAAUAUGUUGGAAUGAUCAGACCAGUUUUCUCAGAAUAUGACUACAUUUUGACAGAUAUGAAUGGUAAUAUCGAUAGCUUUUCUAAGGGAAUUACUAGUCUACUUGGUUUGAGUCCAUAAUUGUUUAAGGAAAAUAAUGAUAUAAACAUCCAACUAAUAUGUCCAGAACUUAUUGAAAUAUUUGAGUAAAGGAGAAAACUCACAAAGUUAGCCUCAUAAUACAAAGUUGAAGAGAAAAAAUAAGUAAUUCAAUCCUAGCCUAGUUACUAUAAUAGAGAAGAUUAAAAGAUUGAACCUGAUACUGCCUUUACAAAUUGUAAAUUGGCCUAGCCAGGAGGAGAUGUCCUAGCCAUUAUUAUCCCUUAGAAUUUUGCCACAUUAGCAAAGAGUGAGAAAACUACAAAAUAAAGAGGCGGAGGGAAAAAGAAAAAUGGGACAUAGGCUGAAUCUGAUCUUCUGGGAAAUCAAAAAUUAAUAAGAUCACCAGCAUUUAGAGAUUUCUUAAAAUUUCUUUCGAAAGGUCGAUCUAAUACGAAAAAGAUUCCAGAUCUAAGAAAGCUUUUAUAAAGCAAAGAGUAUAAAGAGAAUGAAAAAUUUAAGAUAAUAUCAAUGGAACUCGAUCUAGAAAUUUGUAGAAUUAAUAGAUCUGAACAUGGUGCUCUAAAGUAUCUUGUUUUCAAGAUUUAAAAUACAUCAAACAAGAAAACUCAUGAAAUGAAUGAUGAUGAAAAUGACAUUAUAAGUUUAUAGGAUGAUCUAGACUAGCAUAAUUAGCUUAAAGCAGCUUCUCAUAUCAUUUAGGAAGUAUUUGGUAACAGAGAGGAUGGCAUGGGCUUCAACAGGCAACCUACCAACACUUAGAAUUUCCCUUCUCAAUUUAAAAGAGGUAUGACAACAGAUGAAUUAAGUCACACUAAUUCUAGAGCUAAAAUUCAAAGCUCAAGUACGCUCAAGGAUCCAGAAAGAAACUAAUAAUUAAGAGAGAUAGAUAUUAGGAGAGAAACUUAACAAAUAAUUGGAACCAAAAAAGUUGGAUUCAAGGAGGAAGCAAAUGAUUAGCGAGCUAGAGCAAUGAAGUAAUAAACUUCAUUUUAAGAUAGAGUUUAACUUUAGCAGCAGCAAGAGUCGUAGUUUAGAAAAUUAGAAAUGUCUGUUACGUUUUUGGAUAAAUCGAUAAGUGAGCAUGUAUCUGACCGCAAAAAUAGUGGCUAGAAUGAUAUAAUUACUUCAGGUCAUACAUUCAAUAAGACGAAUGAUAUGGAAACAAUUGAAAAUGUUCUGAGAAAUGCAAGGAUAUAGGACAGACAAUAGCAUGGAGAGGAAGAGAAGCUACUUUUAAAAGAAAAAAAUGAGGAGAAUAUUAUAUUUAAUGGUCAGAAACAAGUAGAAGAAAGAGUACCUGGACCCCAAUAAUAAAAGCAAGGUAAUAUGCUUGGGAUCGGCCAAAGGAUAAACUAAGAGGAUAAAGAUACGCCAAGAAUUGAUGUGAAGAAAGAUAUCUCUAUCAGUGAAAAGACGAAGAAAAGAACUUAAAAUUUGAAUGAGUAGAUUCUUAAUAAAAAGGCUUCUACUCAAAAUGUUGAAAAACCAGGAAAUAAUUCAAGCAACUCAAUGUCAUAAAAUUCUUAGUCUUUAAAUUCCUCCCUUAAAUCAAAGAAAAAAUCUUUAUAAUAAUUGAAGUAGCCUUAGUUUGAUGAUUAAAAGCCACUACUGGAGAAAACAUAAAGGGAUAAUGAUGAAAACGAGAUGCCUAAAAGUUUAGUUGAUUAAUCAGAGGGAGAUAAUAACAAAAGUAUGGUUGAUAUUGAGGAAGAUUUUGAGGAAGAGAUUGAAGAAAUUAUUGAAGAAAUAGACGAGGAGGGCGAAGAAUAUGGAGAUGAAGAAUAUAAUGAGUUCAAUCAAGAUGGACAGAACGAAUAAUAGCAACAGUAAUAGUAAAUGUAGAAUGGAUUUGGACAAGCAGUCGAUAAUUUCAACAACUUCAAUGCAGCAGGAUUACCUUAGUAGCCACCAAAAAAGAGAAAGCUUAGAAAUUAUGAGAAGAUUGUAACUAAUCCGAAGUUUAAAGACAUGGAUGUGGAAAGUUGUGGGUCAGCUUACUUCAAAGACUGGGAAUUUUAGAAUGAAGAACUUGACAUUAGAGAUUUAGUUAAGAAAGUAGAAAACAGAAAGUAAAGAAGAGAGAAGAAAAGGAAGAGGUAACUUCAUGCUAUAGAAGAGGAGCAGAAGAAGUAAGCCAAAAAGCUAGUUGUAUAAAAGCAAAAGGAAGAAGAUGAAAAAGAUAAAUAAAAUAAUUAAGAUGUGAAAAUAGAUGAUGAAGAGGAGGAUGAUUCAGUUGCUGAAAAUAAUGAGGCUGCAGAAUAGGCUAAUGAGGGUGAAUAAGAUGAAGAGUCAGGGGGUGAGGAAGAUGCUCAUUAAAGAAUGCUAAAAGAAGAGCCAGAUAAUGGAGAGGUCAGUAGUAUCGCUUCUUCUAUAUUCAGUUAGACUAGAUCUUAUUAUUCUCUCAGAAAUGCUAUUGAUGAGAAGUUCAUUCCCUUGUCAAUUAAGAACCUGAAAAUCAUUGCUAAUAUACUCUGUCUAGCCCUUUUGAUUUUGGAAAUCACUUAGUUCAUAAUUCAACAAAACCUCUUCAGUGAUAUUCAUGACAAUGUAUAGAACAUUAAACACUCAGAAAAAAGAGUUUUUGACAUCAUAGAUAUCAACCUCAGAAUCCAGAACUUAAGAUUCCUAAACGAAGAUAUCUUUAAUGCAACUCAGUUAGGCUUUUACUCUAACAAAACAACUUUAAGUGAUAGUUAGAAUCAGCUCUUGCUCGUAUCUUCUACAUCUUUAAAAGACAAUCAAAACUAUUUGCAGUUUUCUACUGCUGAUUUUGAUUCAAGCACUAGAAAAUAAAUAAAUCCUGACAAUGUAGUUCUUAAUUAUGAAAAUGUGCAAAAUAUGUCUAGCGUGAUUGUUCAGAAUAUUUGGGAAAGUGUUAUUGCCAUCGUUGUAUUUGCUCAGGAAUUAAAUGCAGCUCCAACUAAGAUUAUAUCUAGUAAUCCAGAGGUAUCAUUUAUUCAAAAUAACUGCUUAAACUCUGUCUUAAUUGCAUUAAAAGAAUCAACUACUGCUAUUAUUAGUGCAACAGAUUCCUAAACAGAGAAAAGUAUUAGUUUAUUCAUGACAUUACUAAUUGCUGUAUCAUGUGCUCUAUUUUUUGCAAUGGGAUUUUUAUUGCCAGUCAUUAAUAAAGCUAAAAAAUCUAAAUAAGAGGUACUUAGACUAUUUUUAUUGAAAAAAGUAGAGAAAUCUAUUGAUGAUUAAUUAAAGCUAUGCAGAUGGUUUAUUACUAAGUACUAGGUUUAAAAUGAAAAUUUUGGCUAAAUGGGAGGAGACGCCGCAGAUGCUAAUGACAAUAUUGAUGAUAAUAUCGGGGGAAUGAAUGAAAAGGAAUUGAAAAAGGAGAAAGAAGAGUUGUACAACCUUAAAAAGCAGAAGAAAAAUAAAAAGUGGAAAAGGUUGAAUACUAAUUUUGGACUGCUAGCUCUAAGAGUCAUCUUUAUUGUUGCAGUUUUAGAGGCGUUUUUCAUCAUGAACUACCUAAUCUCUAAGAAGUUCAUGUAUGAGGUUUCAAGUCUCACUGAUGAAUUGAAACUUCUUAUCUCCAGAUAGCCACUUUUUACACAAAUCUUGCUAGUUCAAAAGGAGCUAUUUUACUCCAACGGUACAGCAUAGGUCCUAAACAUAAAUGUCAAAGAUCUAGUGGCCUAACUUAACGAAUAGCUUAUUAAGGAAUAACAAGAAUUGCUAGAAUUGUUCCAAUCAAAUUACGGGCUACACGACUCAAAGUAUAACAAUGAUUUUAAUAAUCUUAUGUACUCAAAUAUGUGUGAGCAUAUUACUUUCACAAAUAUUACUUAAUUGGAAUGUGAAACAUUUAACCAAGGCAUCUUGAAGAAAGGACUUUACAGUACAAUCACUAGAUAUCUCAAUAACUUAAGAGAUCUUAACAGCAAAUUCUUGAUCCUUAAGAAGCCCACAGAUACAGUCAAAGAUUAUAUCAAUGAUCCAAAACUUAACGCAACUGAAAUAGCAUGCGACUUGUAUAUGAAGUAAAUUCAUCUACACCUAGAGAAACUCUUAAUUGAGCAAAUAGAUCUCUUGUAAGAUUUUAUAUUCCUAAUGAAUACAAUAGUUUCCUAAAGGAAUUCAUAUUAGAUCGAGCAAUAUUCAUCUUGUACUUAUUUUAUCUCAUGCUGA